GUGGCAGACAGAGCAUAGGUCCACAUCUUACGUGUACAUGCAUGAUAGGUCUGAUUCCAUACAUGUAGGAAAUUCAUGCUGUUGUCACCAAAACGAACGCAGUCGCCUGACAUGCUCAGUCUCGUUCAGAGAGUGUGGGAAGGGAUCACAUCACUGACGCUUCUGAAUGAGGACAUUCAGUCAUACAAUCGAGCCACAUCCGAUCCCCAACCCGUACGUCAGAUGCACACGCAUGCCAGCCCUCACUGCAGCUGGAAAAAAUCACAACCGCACCGCCCACAUGCAGCCAACAAACAUGUAUGUAUAAGCCACCUGAUUGUGGCUGUACCACACGCCACCACACACAUCGCAAUCAGAGAGCAGCAGCAGCAGCAGAAAAGGAUAUGUGCACACGGAUAAAAGUGGCCCACAUUCCGGCAUCCACGUGCACACACGAUGUCCCUCCCCCCGCUCCCCACCACAUAGAAAGAGCGAGAGAGAGAGCAUUGGCAGCAGCAUAGCAUUACUCGCUCACCACAUCAAGCCACUUCACAAACAAACGCGCAUCAGCAAGCGACUCUCUUUGGCAAAUCCGUACCUACAGACAUGACUGUACUAACUGACUAACUAAUUGACCAACUAACUAGCUGACUAACCAAGCAAGUCGUCCACAGAGCAGCCAAGACAGACAGACAGCCACACACAGACAGACAGGUUGAGCCGUAGGUGGACAUCCAUUGAUGCACAUCCCUCCCCCACGCACUCUCUCGUGCCAUCUGGGAUUGGCCUUCCCUCCAGGUUUCGGAGGCAGCCAUUCAUGUGUGGCAUCGCACUGAACAAGAGGAACGCCGAUGGGCUUCAUUGAUCACCAGUAUCUUCCCCAGGUCCGUCGCUGUCGAAGGAGUCAUCAGCCUCGUCGCGCCGGUUGUCGCGCCGGUUGUCGCGCCGGUCGUCCCGGUCGUUGUCCCGAUCGUUGCGCCGGUCGUUGCCAUCAUCCCCAGUAUCCUCCCCAGGUCCGUCGUCGUCGAAGGAGUUAUCAGCCUCGUCCCCAGUAUCUUCCCCAGGUCCGUUGGGAUUGAGAGAACUAUCGGCCCUGCAUGCAUCACACAUUGCAGCGAAUCAGGAGUUCCUGCAUGCAUGCUUACGAGUCUGGUCGUCGCAGCGCCCCGCUGCCGGAGCUGCUGCUGUCACUGCCAAGAGAGCUCCAUCUAUUGAGCCCGGAGUAGCUCUGAGAUUGCGCUGGAGGGGAGAUUGAGUCAGGGGCGUUGUUGGAAUCCGCGUUGCCUCGAACAUGUUGGUGAGGGCCUCGAUUUCCUCUGCCGACAGCACGGACUGCAGUUCUCUCCGCUGAUCCAUCGCCUCAUUUCGGUCCUCCUGCACUGCGCGAAGACGGCGACGCUGAUGCAAAACAGACAGAACACAGAAUCACGAAGACGAUGCGUGAGUGACUGUCUGCCUUGAGUGCAGCUGACUGACCUGACCGACGUCAGAACUUCCGGUUCCUUGGCAGGGGGUGGCGGAGAGCAUCGUAGCCGCCAGGCUGCACAGAAAGACCGCUGAUGUCAUCAUGGCUUGAGCGUGUCACACUCAAAGAUCUGGUUGAGAAUGUGUGCUGUGCUCUGUGCUUUGGGGGAGGAGACAGGGAGAGCACAAUAUCUCUA